AUGUCUCCGCAAGCAGACCAACCGAUUGAAGGGGAUCGUCGGCCAGGAAAGAGACCAGCUCCCCGGGGUACAGCGUUUUAUCCCCGCAAACGAGCCAACACGGCAUGUCAAGUCUGCAGAGCUAGGAAGACAAAGUGCGACAACCAAAAGCCGGCUUGUUCGUACUGCGUCAGCGUUGGGGCGACGUGUAUUCAGUCCCCGGUUGAUCUAUCGGCAUUUGACCCUGCGAGUCUUAAGAUUUUGGAACGCUUGGAUGAAUUGGAGAAGUUGAUUCGCGAGCCACGCAAUGGCGUCCCAAGUCAAGAUGUUGCGCAGCAUGAGCCAGAGGUGUCACUAGCUGAGGAGUCUCCUACAGAGGCCUUACAGUUAUCCCCAGAGAGCAUGAGCGACAUACCCCUGAGAAGCAUCCUCCCCGAGAAAAUGGAAAGCCUCCUCCUCUGGUCCGUCCUCUCACGCGACAAGUCAUCCCACACAACUCUCCUUCCCGAUCCACCCCAACCAUCCCCAUCUUAUUCCCCCGGCUGCACAUCACUAGCCGACAUAGCGGAUCUCGACACGCAGGGUGUGAAAUCACUUCUUGAUAACUUCUUCGAUCACGUGCACUGCAAAAACCCAAUUCUCGAAGAAGCAGCUGCUAGGAAGGUUGUUCUCAAUGUCGUUAUUGAGGGAAUAGAUUGGUCGCCUGGGUCAUGUCUAACACUGAUCAUUUGUGCGCUGGGGAAGAUUGCGACGCCGCUUGAUGCGAGUUUUCACUUGAGGGCUGAUUCGACGCCGUAUUUGGAGGCUCAGGCGCUGUUUCAGGCGGCGCAGAAGAGGAUUGGCACUCUAAUGGCGAGAUCGGAUAUCAUUGGGGCACAGUGUUUCUUUUUGUCUGGGGUGUUUUUGAUGAGCACUUUCAGGCCAUUUGAGGCUUGGCGGUAUUUCUCGCAGGCUUUAGCAACAUGCCAGACGCUGCCAUUCCUGCAGAGGGCUCAAUCUCUUAGUGCAAUGGAUGGAUCAGAUCUUGGGGGGCCAGAAUUGGGUGAGACGCAGCAAGAGGCUGUAUACUGGUCUGCUUGGAAGUCUGAAAGAGAACUUCGAGGAGAGCUAUCACUGCCUGACUUCAGCAUGCCUUAUUCUUCAAGCGUGCUAUACCCGCCCUUCUUCCCUACACCUCCCCAUCCUCUCGAGUCCACCAAGACCACAGCGUCAAGCAGACAGCAUACAGCUUGGCUAUUCUACCUCUCCGAAAUAUCUCUUCGACGCCUCUCAAGUCGGACAUGCAACGACAUUCUCGAACUCCAUCGCGCAUCAACAUCAAACCUAGACUUCCUCAAACAACUCUCCCUCCUCAUCCCCGCCUACGAAACCCAAGCAAACGAAUGGGCCGAAAGUCUGCCCCCCGAACUCUCCAUCGCCUCAACACCCCUCGAAGACAACGUAUGCUGCUUCGUCCUCCGCGGGCAUCUAGUAAACUUCUUCGAACGUCUCUACUGGCCCUUUGUAAUGGCUCAUCUCGCCGCUCUCGAACGAGGCGUGACUACACCUAUCCCAGGGCGACAGUUUGUAGAGAAGGGCUUAGAGUAUCAUGUUCUGAAUGUGGAUGUCAACGAAGCGGGCUUUCUGCAUCGUCAUCAUGGAACAUGGCUUAUGAUUCGAGCUUUAGUUCGCUCAGCGACUGUGUUGCUUGCAGCUAGGCUCUUGGGAUCGGGAAUGCCUGCUGGUUGGAGGGAUGCGUGUGAGAGGAUAAUGCAGGUUUUGAGGGCGUGGGAAGAUGAUAUACCGGGAUUAUCGAACCAUCGGAAUUUCUUGGAGGAGGUUUUACAUGGGCUGACCGUAAAUUGA